CCGGCUUCCUUCGUACCAGACACUUCCGUUAUCGAUUCCAUGUAAACUCUCUCAAAUAUAUAAACAACGUUAUGGGUGAGAAAGAUUAUGAAGCAACUUACAAAAUUCUUAUCCUGGGAGACAGCGGUGUUGGUAAAACCUGCCUGAUCUUUAGAUUCAUUGAGGAUGUAUUUUCUGAUUCCUAUAUCUCAACAAUCGGUACGUUGUUUAUACAGGUCUUACUUCAUUUUCCGCAAUCGAUCGUGCUCUUUCGCAGUUUUUGUUGCGUAAACCUUUACAUGCUUAAUUUUUAAGGCUAUGAUUUCCACUCUGCAGCUCAAGUGUACUUAAAACGCACUCCAAAUAAUUUACUUAGUGUAAUAUUGGCGUUCUAAGCCCCUAAUCAAUAUAAAAUACAUCAUUAUUUUAGGGAAAUGGUAUAUUGUAGUAGCUGGUUUGCAUCAGCUUAAUUAAACAAGAUGGUUUAUAUUACUUGGAGUUGAAGCUCCAACACGAUGAGUUUAAUUGGGUCAAAAUUAACUACUUUUCUUGAGCGCUGCUAUUCUUUACUCAUUGAAUGACGUAAACUUAUCGGAGCAUAAUUUUGUUAAACGUCUCAACUAAGCAGUUUAAGUUCGUAUUGGACACAAGUAUGGUCUUGUUUGCUACUGUUUGAUUGAUGAAAUUACUUUGAUAUAUGACAGUCUUUCGAAACUAGAUUCCACUUUCAUAGCGACUACCUUUUUUUUUCUUGGAAAAUCGAGCCCCUUAAUCAUCAUCAUUUACAUAACAUGCCACAAACAAAAUAAUAUGAUUAAUUUUUAAGACUGAAAAUGCAAACAAUAUAACUGAACUUCUUGUAAAAAAUUAUGAACGUUAAUUUUUUUCUUCUUCGCUACAGGUAUCGACUGUAGAAGCCGAGUUGUUGAUUUAGAUGGUACAAGAAUACGACUUCAAAUAUGGUAUGUUCAAGAAAACUUUGGAAUCUCUUUUUAAAACUGCUAUCUUAUCUACUUGUACAAUUAAAUUUUCCCUGAAAGAGCUUGGGUUUUACAAAUAUUUAUAAUUUAUCUUUAAUAUAGGCAAAUUUUAGAAACACACAAACAGUUCAUAAAGAACAAGGAUUCAUGAUUUUUACAUUUCCACUUUUUUUAGCUUUUACUGGUAAAUUUCCUGAACCAACAAGUACAUAAAGAGACAAAUUAUAAUUAAAAAGAAAAAACACAAAAUGAUGGCAUAAGAUACAAAAUUUUCAUUCAAAUCUAUGCUUUAUGACAAAGCAAAUAAGCUAAUCUUUACAAAUGUUAAUAAUUAAAGAUUGGGCAAUAAUCUAUCAUCUGUUUAUUUAUCUUCAUGAAGCCUUUAUAACAUUGUAUGUAUUGUUUUGUGAGGCUAAUGACCAUUACCUUGGCCCAUGCAGAAGUACCCUUUACUUAUUUUGAUUUUCAGGGUAAACAGUCAAGCUGGAAAUUUCCCUGAAACUGUAUUGCAUGCUUUUAAUUUCUGGCUACUGUCAGUGACAAUAUUUUUUUGUGAUGAGCUGUCCAGAUAUGCAUAUAUUGUAUUAAUUUAUCAUUCACUAAAUCAGUGUCAAAGGGUGACAGAGGGUACCCUCUAUGUGUUCUUUGAAAGUUUAUUUUUUCCAAUGUCAUCAGGUGUUUUGUCUCAAAAUUUGUUUUUGUUCCUUUUUUGUUUUUUCUGAUAAAGGGACACAGCUGGUCAGGAGAGAUUCAGAACACUUACCAGUGCAUAUUACAGGGGAGCAAUGGUACUAAUUAAAAUUUUUUGUAAUGCUUAUAAGUAUAUGUAAUAAUUUCGAGUGUACUUGGUGUUAAUAAGCACUGGUAAAUUUUUUGAAGACAACAAAAUUGGUUUAUAAUUUUCAUGAAAAAAUAUCACAGGAAGUCAAGACAAACAAAUUUUUUAAUACGUAGGCAUGCUAUUUGUAAUUUGCACUUGUGUUACAACUUAACUGGUGUUAAAUGAUGACAAUGCACUUGUUUUCAGCCAAUUAAAAGCACAUAAUUUUUUCAUAUACAUUUAUUAUCCACGAAAUAAAUAUGGUGUUUGCCAUCAAAAUUCAGCCAUGGAAAUCUGGUUAGAGCCUGAAGAAUGAUCUGCUUUCUGAUUAUAUUUGAGGCCUCUACGUUUUGAUAAAUAGAUAGAUAUAAAUCCUUUCCUGUAGUAAAAAAAAAUCAUACAUUCAAUAUGAUCAUGCCUUUUCAAUUUCAGGGAAUUAUUUUAGUUUAUGAUAUAACUACUGAGGACUCAUUUAAACACAUAUCACAGUGGUUACAGAACAUUCAAGAUGUAAGUAAAAUUUUUCUGCACCUUCUCUUAGUGCCUUUUUUUUUUUUGUUUAUCAGUCAAAACAUUUAGACAUCAAAUUUCCAUUGAUGGUGACCUCUCUAUAUAGAUUGCAUCUCCACAACAUCCAGGAUUCUUUGUCCUUAUACUAUCAGUGUCUGCUAAUUAAUACUUUUCACCCUUUUCCAAACCUUGGCACAUGGCCCUUAACAAAUACCAUGAUACGUGUUGCUCUCUACUAUGGCCUGUUGGUCCUUUUGUAAGGUAGUCAAACAUAUGUGUACUUCAACAAUUGUUAGAUUUGCAUUCAAAAUAUUUCUUAAAAUCAACUGAAAUUUAAACCAAGUACUGUAAAUCCUAGUUACUAGCAAUAAAGAUCCUAGGGCAACUUUCUCAGGUUCUUGGAACUGCCUUAGAAGAUCCACAGGGCUUAAAAUUCACCAUGAUCAUUGCACAUAAGUGUAACUUAUCGAACAUUCCUAUCAUAGCCCUAUGCAGGAAGUUUGUCACCAUGGACCUUGUUAAAAGCUUAGCUUGGCACAAUUUUCCUAUAGCUCUGUGGUAGAGCAUUCGAAGUACUUAUGAGAAGGUCAUAGCUUUGACUCUUGUUGGGAAAACUCAGAUUUUCUUCCUCAAUGUAUGCCAGUGUGACAUUCACAGAACAUCUUCUUUCAAGAUCCACUUUAUUCACACAAAACGCAUUUCUACUUUUAUCUGUAUGAUGAAUUUAUAACAACAAAUGAUAUAACAAUAAAAAUGUUUUGCAUAACAAUGAAUACCUGAUCACAUUUUUUUAUGUAUUUCUGUUAAGAAUGCUUCACCAGAUGUCUGCAAAGUUCUAGUGGGUAACAAACUGGAUGCUGAAGAUGAAAGAGUCAUAGAGACCAGCAGGGGAAAAUCAGUAAGAUGAACAAUGAAACUUAGGCCUUACUUAGAUGGUUUUGGGUACCUGAGAACCCCCCCCCCCCAUCCCUUCUUAAAGACAACUUUACAGAGCACUUAUAUGGAGUCGUGAGUUGCGGCAGCUCUCUCCCUCCACCAUUCUCUAUUGUUACAGUUAGGCAAGUUUUAUAUUUGAUUGUCUCAUCUGGGGCAGGUGAGCCCAGCCCAGGUGUUUAUAUGAGAAAAAGUUGGCUUUCUUGGAUUUUGGUGCCAUUUCCUGGGUCAGACUUUUCAACAACCUGAAAGAAAGUCAUCAUCAGAGUCAAGGGAGGAGUUUGUUGUCAUUUGAGUGUUUUAAAAUUAUUAAAAUAAUUUUUGUUCAUGAAACAGAUAACCAGUCUUCCUGUGGUCCAGACUGCUGUGAUGCAAAAGCCAAUUUUUGUUGAAUCCUGAAAUAAUAAAAACGUAAUAACCAAAUAAAAAGAUGGGACAAUUCUAGGUUGAACUAAUAAUCAGAGGAAGUUACUGCAUGAGAUCUACACGGCCACUGGCUGUCCCCUGAUGAGUAAUUUUACCUAUGGCAUUUUUGGUUUAUACAUUUUGUAAGUCAAAUUAAAGGGAUGAAAAAUGUUUUUUUCAGGAGACUGAAGGCCAUGAACUAGAAUUUUUUGAAACCAGCGCACGGACAGGGCAAGGUGUUACAGAGGUGAGAAUAAAUUUGAGAAUAUACUUACUUAUUUUCUUGAAACGUUUCGUUUCCUUUUAUACCCUCGCCAUUAGUGGCAAAGUGAGCAUCCUCUAGGUUCCUAUUUUCAGAGGAACCGUGGGAAAAAAAGUAUGGGGAAAAAAAAAACUUUAUUCAGUUUUGGAUAUGAAAGUGAUGUUACAACACUCUUUCAACCCAAAAACGAUUAUGUCCACAAAGGCUAACAGGCAAGACGUUAGUGUAAGAUCUACCUGCGUCCCUGUUUAGUUCCUUUGAAUCAUAUUGCAACUUUUUUCUGUUAUAAUAUUUUUUUUCUCUGUUGCUACCUUAAGAUCUCUUCCAAACAAACUAACUCUUUCUAAGGCGUGAUCCACUCGCCAACACCGGAAAUUCAUGGGAGGACAACGGAAACGAAACUUCAAAGGACACACGAAAAGCCUCCAAAUGCAUUAGCGCAUGGAGGUUAAAUAUUUGUCUCGUAGUUUUAUUCGUUUUAGUUUUGGAGAAACCUAUUCAAGGCACUCCUUUCGAAAACAUGGAGCGAAAUAAUUAACGGCGCUUGAUCAUUAGCAGAAUGAAACCGAGGGAGAUCUCGGACGGGUCACCCGACCCAAGCCUCCUUCGUUUUUUCACUACUCCGCCACCAUCGCGCCGUUUUACUAUCACGCUUCGUUUUACUAAUUGAACGCCUAGAACAGGCUAGUUUUUAAACUGAAAGGAUAUCGACGGUUGUUUUCAUUUUAGGCGUUUAUGGCUGUAGCGAGACAGAUUAAAGUAUCAAGAGAAAGACGGGUUAGUAGUGAUUACAAUUUAUGAAUUACGUAUGGUGUGAGACGCAUAGGGUCAGUGCGCUGGUCUCCGGGGCAAGAGGCCGGGUUUCGAGACCUGACCGAUUGAUUUUACUGUGUCAGCAGGACAGUACCCAUUUCUCAGAAUGAGUGAAUGUACUUAGGUGUACGACAGUAUGGCAAAAUGGCUUCGUAAGGUCGUUCGAAUUGGCGUUUUUAUUUUGAAAUAACAAUUGAUUCUCUGAUGGAUCGUUUCUAACCAAAGUUUCGUUUGUUCCUUGAAUAUGCGUGAAAAUGGUAUCAAAAGUGCCCCAACAAGCUGUGAUCCUUUUUUUUUUUACAAAUUUAUGAUUACUAUGAUUUUUAGCUGUUUGUGCCUGAAACUUUAAUUCGAUUAGAGCUGUACUUGAUAUUGAGAAAUUCGUACCGUGUGAUCAGAGCUAAAAAAACGAUUUCAACUUAUUGAGAAAUAAUUGAGCAUAUUUCUUUCUUUCCUGUUUUUUCUGUCUUUGAUUCUUUUCUUCCAUUUUGAAAAGAGAAAGGAGAGAGGUCUCCAAGGGGUCUGCCACUAAUAAUGGAUUAUACUCGUCUCAAGUCUUAGUGUGGGCAGAGAAACGCGUGUCUUGCAGCGCUAAUAGGAGCCUGUUUUGUUAUCGAUCUAUCAAAGAAGUUGUAUUUUGAGCUUUCUAAAAUUACCUUUGUCACUUCUUGCUUUCUAGAAUGCCAUGCCCACCACCCAAGAUGGAUUUAACCCUGGGAUUGGAUCAGAAGAACCUGAAAAUUCUCAGCCCGGCGCUUGCUGCAGUUCAUGAAUUGAAAAACUUGUUAUUAAGGCUAUUGAAUGGACGCCGAGAUAUGUUUAAAUUACUCUGUGGAAUUGAAUGUUGCGGUUAAACUUGCUAAAUUAUCGUCUAUAGUCACUGGUUUAUCGCUUCUGGUGAAGAGCUAUGUAUUGCAAGUAAUGACCCACAGGCGACCAAGUAACGAUUGGUUUUAUUGUGUCUGAUUAGUUUUAAGGCAUAGCGCGAGUUUUCGAGACCAAUCACAGACGUAAAGAAGUAAAGGAAAACCAAACAAAUCCCGGAUUCCUUUCGACACUCAAUUGAAACUGAUUACUCUAAUAAUACAACCAGACAUGUCAUGACUCCCAAUUUUAAUUUCAGACUCACUGAAGAGCAUUUUCGAAAGUUUGUCUCUCAAUAGAUGAAUUUACAGUUUAGACGCAAGUGACAUAGUGGUACACAUCCCUAAUAGCUGUACUUAGUAAAGCAAGGCUCUGUAAUUUGUAUAGUUUUGUUCCUACAUAUGUAUGCAUUUAAGAAUUAAACAUCCUUGAACACCUG